GCAGAUGCUUCGGGACGGGCCGAAGUUUAUGGAUCCCACCGGGUUGCAGGAGGCCAGCCGGAUCCCUCCCGAUGCCAGGACGCACUUCAAAGUCUGCAGGUUCAUCAUGGAGGCAGGCGUGAAACUGGGCUUGCGCUCCGUCCCCAUUGCCACAGCAUGCUCCAUCUAUCACCGCUUCUUUACGGAGGUGCCUCUGGAAUCCUAUGACCCCUACCUGGUCGCCAUGGCUGCCCUGUACCUGGCCGGGAAGGUGGAAGAGCAGCAUCUGCGGACAAGGGACAUCAUCAAUGUGUCCCACAGGUACAUGCAUCCGCGGAGUGAGCCGCUGGAGCUGGACACCCUCUUCUGGGAGCUGAGGGACAGCAUCGUCCAGUGUGAGCUGCUCAUGCUGCGGGUGCUCUGCUUCCGGGUCUCCUUCCAGCAUCCUCAUAAGUACCUGCUACACUACUUGCUGUCUCUAAAGCACUGGAUGAACCGGCACAGUUGGGACCGGACCCCGGUGGCGGUGGCAGCCUGGGCCCUGCUGCGGGACAGCUACCACCGGCCGCUGUGCCUGCAGCAUGCCCCGCAGCACAUCGCCGUGUCUGUCCUCUACCUCGCCCUGCAGUGUUACGGAGUGGAGGUGCCCGCCGACACUGAAGCUGAGCGGCCGUGGUGGCAGGUCUUCAGUGAGGAUCUCUCCAAGGACGUCAUUGACCAAAUCGUCUUGGACUUGAUACAGAUUUACACGCUGGACACGGAAAUCGCCUAA